AUGCUGUAUGGUUUUUGUAACUUAAAUCAACGUUUUCAAGGAAUUAUCCAGUCUUAUUUAUGCGAUAUUGAUCUAAGGCAAAUAAAUCUAUUUUAUAAACAAUUUGUGUUAUUAAUGGAAAAAAUUAUACCUGUACAAGGGGCAUUGGUACGCUCUUUUAAAUUUGCCAUAGAAUCUCAUUUACCGUCACUCCGUCUUCGUCAACUCACUAAUCUACAAUCAUUAACAAUAGUUGGCUGUCCUCCAUAUUAUAACAAUUGUACUAUUCUAAUUGAUGCUCUAUCUUUAUCAACAUUGUCAGAAAUUUCGAUUCAUGUACCAGAUCAAGAUACGUUUAAAAUUAUAUCUACUAAUGCAUCACAAAGAUUGACCAAACUGAUCGUACAGAAUAGUUUAUAUAUUUCAGACAGUUAUUUUAAUGAUAUUCAACAAAUGCCUUAUAUCAAAUGUCUUUCAAUUAGGAUUGAUUCUAAUAAUAUACUAUUAAAUAUAUUUCAGACAAUGCCAAAUCUAGUGCAGUUAAAUUUGUUAUUAUCAGAUUAUUAUGAUGCAGAAGAUGUAAAUCUAAAAGAAUUACCAGUUACAUUAGAAAAAUUACAGAUCGAAAUUGACUAUGGUAAAUUAUAUCAAGCAAAUUUUGAAUUAAUAAAUAAUUUAUUCGAUCUAUUUAAUAAUCAAAUUAAUGAAUUAACAUUAGUUGUUAGAGAAGCUCCAGAAGAAUUAUCUAAUUUUGAAAAAUUUCAAUCAUUAACUAAUAAUUUUACUCAUCUUCAAAUAUUCAACUACAAUAUUCUCACUACUCAUCAACCUGACCAUCGAUUUUCCAGUAUUAUACAGUUUCCCCAUUCGGAAACUUAUUCAUUUUUUACUCUUCCAAAACCUAAACCAGUUUAUCUUGAAUUAAAUCAAGAUACAUCCUCCUUACACGUCAAUAACUACUCAACUUUAGAGAAACUUUUCAACAGUCAUUCAGUUUGUAUAUCUACUCAUAAAAUUUCGCAAAAUUUUCCUUCCGCAUUUCAAUCGAUUAAAGACGAUUACAAUUUUAACAAUUUGAAACAAUUAGAACUUGAUUGUAUGAUAAAAGGUCAAGAAGACUCUCAUCAAUAUUCGAUAUUAAAAAAAAUUAUAGCACAAUCACCAAAUAUAGAUACUAUAUUUAUUCGAAGUUAUAAUACAAAAACAAUUAUUGUUUAUUUAAAAAAUUUAUUUCCAAAAAAAAAUUCAAACAAAAUUAAAAAUUUAGUUAUUCGCGAACAUACAAAUAACAAUUUAAGUGAUUCAUCAUCAUCGGACUACGCAGGUUAUACUCCAACUUCACAUCCACCAAAAUUUUAUUCAACUUUCUUCUUUGAACUAUCUCAAAUCUUACCUGAUUUACAACAAUUAACAUUUGUCUGCGACAAAACAUUCAGGGCGAUAUAUUCAACAAAAAAUUCUAAUUGUCUAAAUGAUUUACGUCUGAAUUUUCCUAAAUUAUAA